AUGGACAUGCCGUCAGACUGCGAGAGCUCAGACCUUUCUGAUGCUCAACUGGAAGAACGGCGAGAGUCUGACCCUCGAGGCAGUAUGGCUCCUUCUGAAGCCAGAGCCCCUAUGGAUUCACCUUUCGAAAUGCAUCCUGCAUUCUUUGAUGUUGGGCUACAAUUGAAGAGAUUAGCAGUGCCAUCUCAGUCAAGAGCACCAAUAUUUGACAUUUUGUCCCCUGAUUGGAUGAAAACUGAGCACUGGUUUAAGCCGCCAAGCCUGGGAAUGGUGCCUGCAGUAGUUACACCACAUGAUACAGGCAAUGCUUUGCCAGUUUCAGGAUUGGCCACAAAUAUGGCGGCCAACCGUUUGAGACACUCCCAGUUGGUUAAAACGGACGACCACGUGCAAUGGGAAGCCUUGAAGAAGUUCAAGACACUGCUGCUCUGUGAUCCAGCAGCUACCGAACUGGGACGCUCCCUCGUCUCAGGUGUUAGCCUUUUGACAGACGAAGCAGAAUGGUCUCGUUCACUCAGCGAUGCCUUUGCUGGAAAGGCGGUAGCCACUCUUGCAAAGAGGUCCUCUGCUUUAUGGAGGUUUCACAAUUGGAGCAUUGAGAAUGGCAUAGGCCUUGCUAUGUGUGCAACAGAGAGUGUCAUUAGCAGAUACAUGCAGUUUUUGAAGGAACAUGGAUAUCCUACGACAGGCUCAGCUUUCCUCCAGACUUGGACAUCUCUGCAUCAUCAGAUCUGGUUGAAACGGCGUAUGACGACGGGCGAGGCUCAAUUGUUCCUGAAAGAGUUCAUGGCCUCCUCAGGUUUCAGUGAGGAGGAGUUGACUCGGAUUGGAUGCCACUCCUUGAACUGCACCCUCCUCUCCUGGACCUCCAAGGACGCUAUCUUCCAAUCCCAGACAGACUUUUUAUGGGCCACCAUUUGUCCAAAAGAGAACCAGUCAGCUGUUGUGUACUCCAGGGAUGAGCUGACACGUGUUGCAGUGGUGAUUUAUCAAAUGACCAGGGACACGGAAAACAAACACUUCAAACCAGAUGCCCCCAGAGCUGAACGUAUUGCAGACCAGGUUGAGCUGACAGAUUCAGAGAGUCAACAAGCCGACUUAAGCAAUGACGAGCCUAGACAAGAGGACGUCGAGAGUACGCCAUGCAACAUGGGCCAAAGGGCACCGUGGGAUGAUUUGCCGCUGGACGAGCUGAGGAGACUGAAGGUCCAUACCUUCUCUGGUGUUGCCCACAUUGCUUCGAAGCGAGACCCCCACAGAUUUGUGUGUGGGAGAAGAACUACGAAGAACUAUGGGCGCGUCCCAGAGGGAUCGAACCAUGCAGACAUGCCAAUUUGCAUGCAGUGCCGCAAGUGA